CAUAUAAAGCCGCCGCGGCAGUCGGGCCCGGAGCGCCGCCGCCGCCAGCUCUCGGUCAGCGCGGAGCCGGACGCCGCCGCCUCACGAUGCCUUCAAUUAAACUGCAGAGUUCAGAUGGAGAAAUUUUUGAAGUUGAUGUUGAAAUUGCAAAGCAGUCUGUAACUAUAAAGACUAUGCUGGAAGAUUUGGGAAUGGAUGAUGAAGGUGAUGAUGACCCAGUCCCUCUUCCGAAUGUUAAUGCUGCUAUUUUAAAAAAGGUGAUUCAGUGGUGCACCCAUCACAAAGAUGAUCCACCUCCUCCUGAGGAUGAUGAGAACAAAGAAAAAAGAACAGAUGACAUCCCUGUGUGGGAUCAAGAAUUUCUGAAAGUAGACCAAGGAACACUUUUUGAACUUAUCCUGGCUGCGAAUUACCUGGACAUCAAAGGUUUGCUUGAUGUCACAUGCAAGACAGUUGCAAACAUGAUCAAGGGGAAGACUCCAGAAGAAAUUCGCAAGACAUUCAAUAUUAAGAAUGACUUCACUGAAGAGGAAGAAGCACAGGUACGUAAAGAGAACCAGUGGUGUGAAGAGAAGUGAAGUAUUGUGCCUGACACUCGAACACUGUAAGAAUUGUUCCAAAUACUAGUUGCACUGCUCUGUUCAUAAUUGUUAAUAUUAGACAAAUGCAGCAGCAAAUGAAGUUGUGUUAGCAGGAUCUUGUUCCCUUUGCAUGUGUAGUGUUUUUUUUGAGUACAAAUUUAAAUCCUCUGAGUUUUUACUAGUGUAAUUGGAUGUCUUUUUACUUUACUCUGCAAUGAAUAAAACUGAAUUAAGUGUGGAUUCUGUAUGGAAA